GGCCCAAGAUGGCGGAGUGGUGUCAACUGGAGGUGCCGUUCUACCAUGUUGGGGUUUAUUUCUGCUCGUCAGGCCGGGCUCGACGAUCCCUUGCGGCUGCGCCGGGCUGAGUCCACCCGCAGACGAUGAUGAGGUGCAGCACGGUGUCACUGCCUGUUCUGCCUUGCCGGACUCAGAGGCUGUUUCCACUGAUGUGUGACUAUGCUGUGUUUCAUGAAAAGGCGAGACCUAGGUGGUGCUUGGGCUCAUGCAUCAGCUCGACCUCGAUCUUCCCAAAAGCACAUCUGUUGACUGCUGACAAAAGAAUUGGAUGCGGGAUUAUUUUCUGUUUAUAGAAGCUUUUUUGGAAAGUGAUGACUGAAGAGAGGGGCUUAUUCAUACAGCUGUCAAAGACAGUAAUGUGAUGAUAUUUGGUCAUUAUUAAGGAGUCUGUUUUGCUGCAGUUCUUCAAGAUAAAUGAGGGUUCUAAGUUUAGAAUUAAAUAAAGAUAGAGAUGUGGAAAGAAUACAUGGCAGUGGUAUUAACACCCUUGAUAUCGAGCCUGUUGAGGGAAGAUACAUGUUAUCAGGUGGCUCAGAUGGUGUUAUUGUUCUUUAUGACCUUGAAAACUUGAGCAGAAAACCAAAUUACACAUGUAAAGCACUUUGUUCUGUGGGAAGGAGCCAUCCUGAUGCACAUAAAUUCAGUGUGGAGACAGUCCAGUGGUAUCCUCAUGAUACUGGCAUGUUUACAUCAAGCUCAUUUGAUAAAACCUUGAAAAUAUGGGAUACUAAUACUUUACAACCUGCAGAUGUAUUUCAAUUUGAGGGAACAGUCUAUAGCCAUCACAUGUCUCCAGUCGCUACAAAACAUUGUUUAAUCGCAGUUGGUACCAAAAGCCCCAAAGUACAGCUCUGUGACUUGAAGUCUGGAUCCUGUUCUCACAUUCUGCAGGGUCACAGGCAAGAAGUACUGGCAGUAUCUUGGUCCCCACGUCAUGAAUACGUUUUGGCAACAGCAAGUGCUGACAGUAAAGUAAAAUUAUGGGAUGUGAGGAGAGCGUCUGGAUGUCUGACUACACUUGAUCAACACAAUGGAGAAAAGUCCAAAGCAUCUUCUGAGGCAGUAAACACAGCUCACAAUGGGAGAGUUAAUGGUUUGUGCUACACAAGUGAUGGUCUUCAUCUGUUGACUGUUGGUACAGAUGAUCGGAUGAGACUCUGGAACAGCUCCACUGGAGAAAAUACACUGGUGAACUAUGGCAAAGUCAGUAAUGAAAGUAGAAAAGGACUCAAAUUCAGCGUCUCCUGUGGCUGUAGUCCAGAGUUUGCCUUCGUCCCAUAUAAAAGUACCAUUGCUGUUUAUACAAUUUUCUCAGGAGAAUUGAUAACUAUGCUUCGAGGUCAUUAUAAUACUGUUGACUGCUGUGUAUUUCAACCUAACUUUCAGGAACUUUAUAGUGGUAGCAGAGAUUGCAAUAUCCUUGCAUGGAUACCAGCUCUUCGAGAGCCUGUUCUUGAUGAUGUUUCGGAGAAGCCUCUGCGUCGGCAGCACAUAAAUCCAGCAUAUGAAGAUGCGUGGAGCAGCAGUGAUGAUGAAGACUGAAUUUCAAUUAUAUGCUGAUAUAAAAUUGACAUUCAGGCACUGCAAUCAAGGACUUUAUCUGCAGAAGUGGAUAUUGGUAGAUUUAUUGUGAUGGGAUUCCUGAUACUGUUCUGUUAAAGCACAGUCAGAAACAAGAUUCUAAUUCUUUCUUGUCUUUUUUUUUUUAAGAAAGUUCACUGUUACCUUUACAUCCAAAGAUAUACUUUUUAUACUUUUUUUUUAAAUACUUUCCUUUACCCAUUGGUCUUCUUUAUUCAGUAUUGAACAACUGAUAAAGGAAAAUUAAAAUCCCUUGGGACCAGUCAGCAGUGCAUUGUUUGUGGCAUCACUAAUACAUAGGGAGGUAAUCUCUUCAUUGCAGAGUGAUGAUACAGAGGAUUUUGCCUUCAGAAGGACGUGCUCAGGGAUACUUUUAUACAGUGUCUAGAUGGAGGAGACAGGGUCCAUUUUCAACUGCUUAUGUACUUUGCGAGCUAACAGAAUUUUGCAAAAGUUUCUCUAUAAAUGCAGUCUUCACUUCAGAAAGAGGCAUAGCUGGGAUAAUUAAUUCAAGUAUUUGUAUGGUGACCCCAUCAACUACUAUCUUAAUCUGUACUAUAAAAUUAAGAAUAGAGGCUAGGGUUUCAUUAGAGUUUUUAUUGCUGCUGUUAAGAGGUUUUUAAGAUCAGCCUUCUACAAAUAACUCCCACAUCCCUAGCCAACUUGGAGAAUUCCUGGACAGAAACAGACAUUAUGUACAGUGCAAGGCAAAGAAAGGAUCAUGUUUCAAGUUAGACACAGAAAACAUAGUCCUUCAAAACUGCUUUCUUCUGAAUUUGUAGUCCUAAAGCUGGUCUCUUUUGGAAAGGAGGAGUUGUGUGGAAUCACUGUCUAAUCUCAGUCACUAGCUUUUGCCCGAGACACGGCGUAAUCACCAAUCGGGGACUUGAAUUAGAUCAGACAGAAAUGCAGUUUAUUCAGGAAAAAAAAAAACCUUUCCAAACCAGAAGUAAUACUAGGACAACAAACUCAGACAGAAGGAAAAAAAUGUUGUAUAUGUAAAUGAAAGAAAAUAAGUUAAUCUUUUUAUAAUGUGUGUUGUUAGUAUGAUUAUUGUGCAUAUUAUAAUUCACUGUCCUUUUGUAUUUAAUAUUUAUACAAGGUAAUAACUGGUCAAUUUCUGUAUCAAUCCAGAAGACAGCAGUGUAGAAUAAGGCAAAUUGAGGAGUGCUGAUGUCAGGGAAAUGUUAUAACUAAACAAGUUUGAUAUGUAAUGUGAGUUUGCUGGUGGAGACAAAAAAUUUAGCUUGCCGUGUUAAAUCGAUAACUGUAAAGUGGAAAACUUCCAAGAGUUUCAGAUUAAGUUAGUUCGAGGACCAUGCCACCACUUUCUGAGACUAGAUAAGUGAAUUUUCUACUUCUUAAAAAAAUGAACAUUUUCAUUACAGUGGUGGCUGUUCCAUCUAAGAGUGGAAAACUUAGAGAAUAUAUUUGAAGCAAAAUUACAUGUUUUGAUUUUUCUUUUAAAAAAUAUGUGCUAUUAAAGCGACCUUUAUGUGUGUUACAAUUGUGCUUAUAAUUUGUAUAUGCCAACUGCAGUUCAUGUAUUUGGUACUUGGAUUUCUGAAAUGUUGCUCGAUACAUCAUAGCAGAGCUAGUUAGCAAAGAAUAAAUUCAUUAUUUUUUCAAA